CAAUCCUCGUCAGUCCCUAAAAACAGUUGUUGCCUUUGAGCGCGAAAACCCCCCGUCGAGAGAUCGAGAUCGAGAGAGAGAUGGACGGAAUCCUCUGCGACGAGCUUCUAGAAGAAGUCCUCUGCCGCUUCCCUUUUGGCUCCUCCAGCGCCGCUGUCUCCCUCGUCUCCAAGCGGUGGCUCCGCCUCCACCGAUCUUCCAAAAUCUUCAUUUUUCUCCGCCUCUCACCUGACAACUGUAAGCCCCCCUCCCUCUCCUCUUUCCUCUCAGACUUCCCUCGCCUCUCCGUCCUCUUUAUCACCAUCGGCGGCGGCGAAGGGGACGUCUCAAGUUUCCCCGAUCAGAUCCUUCUCUCUGUCGCCUCGUCCUGUCCCAAGCUGAGAGCUCUCACCCUCAAGUCUGAGCCAGUCUCUCUCUUCCCUCUGCUUUCUCUCUCUACCUCAUGCCCUCACCUCACCUCUCUCAACAUCGCCCUAACGAGACCUUUCUCUUUCCACUGGCUCGUCUUCUUACACUCUCUUAAGAAACUCACUGUCGUUUUCAACCCCGUACCGGGCGAAUUCGAACAAGUUGAUGCUUCGAAAGGUAACUUCAACGCUGAGCUGAAAUUAGAAACCCUAGUUUUGGAUGGGAUUCGACGCGGCGAUUAUGGUUUCGAUUCGCUGUGGAAAAGCUGUAAAAAUCUUAAGAGACUGGAGCUGUAUCGCUGCGAAGGAAUCGGCGAUGAUUCCUCGGUUUCAUCGUUUGUUAAUUGCUUCAAGGACCUCCAAGAAUUGGAAUUAAGGAUUUGUGGAUCAAUCGUUAAUGAUAUUUUGUCGAGUUUAGUGGAGCAUUGUACGUCUCUGAACUCUCUGUUAAUCAAGGACUUCGUCGAAGGUAGCGGAGAGGGUUUGCUUCAAUUCAUUACUCGGAGCCAUUGUAUUCUGCGGAAACUCGAUUUAUGUUUACCUUUCGACCUCAAAAACAAUCACUUAUUGGCGGUGGCUGAGAAGUUCAGCGCUUUGUCGAGUCUUCGGUUACGUAGUUGUUUUCUUGUUACUGGUGAUGGGCUUAAGACGAUGGCGUUAGCCUUGAGUAAUAAACUUGAAGAAUUGGCUUUGGUACAUUGCAAAGUGGAACCCGGUUUGUUGACAACUUUAGGACAGAGUUUUAGAAAUUUGAGGAGGUUGGACUUGUCUCAUAAUGAAAUGUUGGUGGAUAAAGAGUUUAUAUCGAUGCUUGUGUUGUUUAAUUGUUUGAGGGAAUUGAUCGUGAGGGGAUGUGAAGGAUUGACAAAUGCAUCCUUGGUUUCGAUGUUUAAGAGCUGUAAGCAGUUGGAGAUUGUAGAUAUAAUGAAUUGUCCUGGAAUUGGGGUAGAGGCCGUUGAAUUAUUUGUUUUGAAUUGUCUGCAAUUGAGGAUGUUAUUUAUUGAAGAGAGCAAGAUUUCAGAUGUUUCCAGGUCCUGGUCUUUGAAGAAGUGCAUUGUCGUUCUUGCUGCUUAACCUAAUAUUGCGGCAGUUUUUUAUAUUCCCCUGGUCAUAAUAUUGUGGUUCACUUCAAUUUCUACUUGUUUUAAGACUUUGUUAUAACUUAGAAUGUGGUAUGUAUCUAUGUUGGAGCAGCAAAUUAGCAUUUUGUCUUCAUUUUUUUUUAAUCUUUUUUACUAAGGAUUAUAGCUUUGGACAAGCUUAGUCCUUUAGUCAUGAGAGGAUGUGAUGCUUUCCAUUAUGUUGUAGUUCUAACUAAGUCCAUUUGACUGGGUGUUUUAUGCAACUAUGGAAUUGUUUUGCAGACAGUGAAAGUGAUCUUAGCCUUCUUU